CCUAGGCGAAUUAGGAUACAAACUACAAAAUCUUUUAUAAAAGGGAAAGCUGCAAUUUGACAAAAUUAUUCCCGCCUUCAAAACCACCACAUCAGGCUCCCAAAUCCCUUUCAUUCUCAUCCACAAUCCAAAACCCUAACCCCAAUCCUGAUUCACCAUGCUCGUGUCUCCAGGUCACUCACCUCGCCACCUAUCUCCAAAUCCUCAAAAUGCUCUCAAAAUCUCCAAUGCAUCAUCAAUCAGUACACCUGCAAACCCUAGGAAGUGCCCUGCUGUUCUCGAUGAGGAUAUGUAUGUUGCCGCGAUCGAGAAAAUCAUCGAACGCGACUUCUUCCCCGACCUAGCAAAACUCCGUGAUCGGCUUGAUUGGCUUGAAGCGGUAAAAACUGGCGAUCCUAUCCAAAUACGAGAUGCACAGUUGAAGAUCAUUGAGCGACGCAUCGAAAGAGUCAAUAAUUCCACUGCUGAUGGGAAUACUCAAACCAGAAGCCAAAAACAGACUCCAUGUUCUACUUUUAUGCGUAAUUUCACUCCCUUCGAUGAAUUUGAUAACAAAACGGCUAGUGCUGCAAAUAUGGAGUUUUCUGGUAAUGAAGAGUCUGGUGAACAUGAAGUUGCUGUUGAUGAUUCAAUGAGUUUAGACGAUUUCUUUAGGAGGUAUACGAGCGAGGAUAAUGAUAGUUUUUCAAAAAUAUUGGAGAAAGAGAAUAGGAAGAGAAAAGAGAGAUAUGGGCACUUGUUAGAAGGUGAGAAGCUGGAUGAAAAAUUGAGUGGGGAUGCGAAGAGGAAUAGGAUUACAGAUGGUUAUGGGACAUCUGAUCAACCACCAAGUACAUUGGAAGGGUGGAAUUAUACUGCCAAGAAUUUGUUGAUGUAUGGCCCCUCUGAAAGGAGUGAGGCUCCUUUGACAGAAGAAGAACGGGCUGUUAGAUUGAAGGGUUUGACAAAAGAGAUUAAUAGGUCAAACACUCGGUUCCAUGGUAAAAUGUUGGAUUCGAGGCCAGAUGAUGAUGGAACUUUGGAGGUGCUCUACACACCAAUAGUGGGGGCUACCCCUCUUCCUGUCUUGGACAGAGAUGAGGAUAAAGCAAAGAAGUACGAUUUGGAAGAUUUGAGGAAGACACCAAACAUGUUUUACGUGGAAUCAGGGCAGAAGGCAGAAAAUGGAUAUAGUUUUGUGAGGACACCUUCACCAGCUCCAGGAGUCGAUGAAUCACCAUUUAUCACAUGGGGUGAGAUAGAGGGAACACCAUUGAGGUUGGAGCCUGAAGACACACCAAUUGAUGUUGGUGGCAGUAGCGAUGGGCCACAUUUUAAAAUCCCAAAUCUACCUGCACGAGACAUGAAGGCCCACUCAUUGUCAAGGGAGGUUGCAAGAAAGUUGAGGGAGAGGUCCAAAAUGUUUCAAAAACCACCAUUACCUUCUCCAGCAAGCGGGGGCAGUGCAAGUCCAAGUGUUCGCAUACUUUCUCCAGCUGCACAGAAGUUUAUGAGGGAUGCAAUUUCCAAAUGUUCAUCUUCUAUUGAUCUAUCCCUUCGUGCUAGUUACAGAAGAGGGAGUCCUGGUAUUGGUACUCCAAAGAGUGGAAGGAGUGUGUCGAGGUUUGGAAGAGAUGGAAGCAUGAGUUUCGGGUCACCAUCUGUAAGAGAGGAUUUUAAUCCUCUUUGAUAAAAAUGUACUUUUCUUGGAUAGUUUCAUAAUGGAAAUUAUUUUUGUUAUCACAUAGUUACC